AUGACAAUUGAAAGCGACGCAAUGGCUGGUGCCACAAUCGAGCUCCUCGAGGCACGUUUGCGCCGACUCACCUAUCUUCUGGGCGGCGCAACCGACUGGACAGGAGCCCCAACAACCCCAGAGAAGCCCGCCUCCCACGACGAAACAGUAUCGUGCCGAAUUGCUCGUCUGGAACGAGAACUAGAAAAGCUCAGCCGCAAUGUCCCAGCUGUGCGGGACGUGAUACAACUCCAUGACCGCUUCCCCGACCUCUUCCAAACGCCAGACCCCCAAUGCAUCCCCGAAGGCCUCUCCCCACGCACAUUAACCUCCAUAGUCCUCUCUUACGCAACUGCUUUCCCCGAAACAGCCUCCCGUCUUACAUCUCUCAACGAUAUCCCAGUACCAGACCCAGAAAGCUCAGCAACCCUCAUCGAGCUCCAGCCGCAGAUCGACCGCGUCGCACAAACACAAAUAGAGCAAGCGGCUGCCGUCUCGGAACUACGGGUCCGCACUGCACAGGUGCUGCAGCGUUGGUACGAGGUUGGACUUGUUGGGAGCGGUGAAUGCUGGGCAGAGUGGGAGGGACGACUUGAAGGGGUUGAGAGGGAUGUUCGGAGACGGGAAGUAAUUAAGGAGAGGAGGGAGAAUGAGAUUUGA